AUGAGUUGGACUGUGGCUCUGGCGCUGCUCUCGCUCGCCGCGCUCACCAAAACUGAUCACAAUACUCCACAGAACAGAGUGGAGUAUGACUACUACAAGUACCACAACAUGGAGGAGAUCAACAAGUGGAAGUCGGACGUCGCCGCCGCUCAUAAAGACGUCGUGGAGAUUGUGGAAUAUGGAAAAACCUACGAGAAUAGAACCAUCGACCUCCUGAAGAUCGGUUUUCCCGGACACAAUAAGUCGAUUAUUUGGAUGGACUGUGGGAUCCACGCGAGGGAAUGGAUCAGUCCUGCGUUCUGUCAGUACUUUGUCAAAAUGAUUCUUGACACCUACAAAACAGAUCCCAAAAUGGAGCAGAUGAUGAAAAACAUGGACUUUUACGUGACUCCCGUUCUGAAUGUCGACGGAUACAUUUUCUCCUGGAUAAAUGAAAGUACUCGUUUGUGGAGGAAGAACAGAUCUCCGGGUCCUUGUGGCUGCCCCGGGACCGACCUCAACAGAAACUUCGACUUCACGUGGGGAACUGUGGGCGUGUCGUUCAACUGUUGCUCUCUGGUUUAUCCUGGACCAGAUCGAGUCUCUGAGCCUGAGACUAAAGCCGUCAGUGAGUUUGUGAGGAGCGUUUCAGACCUGGUCCUGGCCUUCGUCACCGUCCACUCGUACGGACAGAUGCUCCUCAUCCCGUACGGACACCCGCAGGUCAUCGCCCCCAACCAGGACGAGCUGAUGGAGGUGGGGUUGGCUGCAGCUGAGGCCAUGGAGAAAGUCCACGGGAUGAAAUAUGUUGUGGGAACAUCUCCAGACAUUCUGUAUGAACACUCGGGCUCGUCUUGUGACUGGGCUCGUCUCCAGGGCGUCCCCUACAGUUUCACCUUUGAACUGCGGGACAGGGGGACUCACGGCUUUGAGCUUCCGGAGGAUCAGAUCCGUCCGACGUGUGAGGAGGCCUACAGCGGAGCUCUGCACAUCAUCACCCACGCUCACGACAAAACCUUCAACAGAUCUCCUGCUCGUACUGCAGACGCCCUGUGGGGGGCGCUGCUGCUCACUCUGCUCAAGUGGAUCAUGUUAUAGCAGGGGUGGGCAAACUACGGCCCGGGGGCCAUAUGCGGCCCUUUAAACCUUUUAA